AUCGAACCGGCCAACUGUUCAGGCCAAUUAUCUUUACAAACCCACCGCCAACCUUCAUCAGCUCCACCAAUCAUCAAACUUCCACACUCAUUUUAUACAGAACCGGUGAAUGGCCAUAUCCCUUCCUCUUCCAAGGAUCGUCCAGCCCUGACUAAGUCUUCAAUCGAGAAUCCUUCAAUUGCCCAAGCGACAACGCUUUCCAUCGGAGAAAGCUACGCUGACAUCUUAAGGGGGGCUCCGCCAAUUUCCAGGGAUGGAAUAAAAAAUCCCAAUCAAUCAACAGCAAUCUCUACAUCUCAAAAAUUUCGAAUUGAAGGUAAGACUUUCCUCUUUACCCCUUCAAGAUUCAACAAGAAGAUAUGUAUUACAGAAGUUCAGAAGAAUAGGAAGCUAAAUAUUUGGCUAGGGUUAGACCUUAGUACUUGGCUCCUGGAUAAUCUCCAAUCUGUCACUCAAGUGGGAUACCUUUGAUCCACUCACCUUAGGGAGAACAAUAGACUGCUUUCAGUCUCAUUCCAAUCCUCUAGAACUGGUAAUCACUUUAAACUUAGUGAAUUUCACAAGGAUGGAAAGGUUUGGAUCAACAUUCCAGAAGGAAACCAAGGUUUGGGUUUAACCUCCUUUACAUCAUACUUUAAGGCAGCUUUUGAAUCUUUUAGACUCUCUCUUCCUCCACCUCCUCCUUUUUUGGACAAGGCAGUGGUAUGUUUUAACCCCUUCCCCUCCACGCCAUUACCUUUUGAGCCCUCCAUCUCUUCUUUGUUGUUCACCUUAGAUAUCCCAGGUGAUUAUAGUCACACACCUAUAAACAUUUCUCCUAAGAUUCCUCCCCCCCCCCUCAAGGAACCACAACAGCCAAUUUCUGCAACCCCAUUUCCACCUUUUCAUAUCCCUCAUAGCCCUCUCUCUCCAGUAGCUCCACCUUUCAAUCCAGGUGCAAAGGUCUGCUCACAACCGAGGGACCAACCUCACUUCUUGGGUUGUUCAAAUUCUGAUAAUGAUAAUGAUUUGGAAAGAUCACAGUGGAACGUGAGCUAUAACUCAGGCUCAGAGAAGCAGACAGCCUUAUUUUAAGCCUCUUUUUGAUUCAGAAGAAGAAUGGGUCACAGAUAGAGGGUCAGAAGAUGAACCAGACUGGCAUACUAGGAAAGAAGCAAGUAAAAAGAAAAAUCAGAGGAAGUUUGAGCAGCUCUGUCUUCAGUUUAAAGACUCUCCAGCGCCAAGGAGGAGCAAGAGAUUAAUGGACCUGAAAACUAGAUUAAUUCAGGAGAAAGGUUUGCUUUAAAGUCCCUAACUCUGUUUUGAUUGCUCACUUUACUUUAUGAAGGCUAGGUUCGAAGUCUGUGUUUGUGCCAAGGUUCUUUAACUUUCGUCUUAGCUCUUUCCAUUAUUUUUAAAAGUUGAGGAUAUCCAGGAGUCCAUCUUCGUAUACUUCCUAAUUUAGCAGCUACAGCAACUUCAUUGGGAUACAGAAAGUGAAGAAAGUCUCUUUGGAGAAUAGCUGUUGAUUUACAAGUACCUUGUCUUGAUUCUCUUUGGUUUUUUGCUGAUGUAUUUUCUACAUCUCUAGCUGUUUGAGGGUGUAUUUACAGCAUCUAUGUCUGGCAGUAGUUUUUUGGCCUAUUUGUUUUGGCGCUUUCCACUUAUUUUUAGCUUUCGAUGUUAUGUUUAGGCUGUAAUUCUUCCGUGCUGGGUGUUAGGCAGUACACAAUCUGCCUUACUGUUGGGGACGGGCCACUCCCACAUCUUGUAUUUUUCAUUUCGUCAAUAAAAUCUCUUUUAUAAAAAAAAAUAUAUGUAUGUAUAUUUUAAAUAUGUUUAAACCACCGGUUCGACCAGUUAAACCACUGAUUCGACCAGUGCACCAAUGAACCAGUACCCUUGACCGGUUCUGAAAACUAUGGGAAAUACAUUGGUGUUAGUGAUAUACUCCCUAUUGAUUGGUUUUUCCUUCAAAAAAUACUCUUAAAAAAAGUUCGUUCUCUGACCUCUUCGCCAUUUCUCUUCGGAUCUCGUUCUUUCCUCGCUCCAAAGGGGAUCUGCUUCUACAAAUUCUAUCACUUCGUGGAAUAUCGUUGCUCCUCUCUAUACAUUCGAUCACUUCUUGGAAUACCGUAAGUCCUCAGUUGAUCAGAUAUGGAGAAUUCGAACAUCGAGAAGCUGGACGGUCUCGCUCGGUGGGUGGGGUCCAGUGUGGCAUCAGCGUUCUUCGCGUCGUUGGAACGCUGUUCUUGUGUCAACCUCAACACGUCCGACAGCGACAACGAGGACGGCGAAGAGGCCAAGGAUGUUCCCCUCAUGCUCAAUACUCCUAUUCCUUCGCAUAUCGAUCCGGACAACUCUAACCCUAGGUCCAAACCUGAUGCCACUGCACCCACGGUCAUUGCCUCCGUCGGUGACCUCCCUGUGUGACGAUUCUUCCGCCCACAGAUCUUUGGGUAAUUGUUAAAUCUAUACGGAUUUAUAUGACAAGUUAUUGCUAGUGCAGUAGUAGUGCUUAGUCUUGUGGAU